AUGGCUACAGGGAAGGGAUUGGACGCCGAUGAUGGAGCAAGGAAAGCGCCUAAGACUGGACUAAAGAGGCUGCAGGACAUGAACGAGCUCCAGGGCAGGCCUUACAUGUGCGGGGCUCCAGGCUGUUCUCAGAGUUUCCAGUUGGAGGAGCACCUCAGCGUUCACAGACUCAAACAUGAAAUGAGCCUCAAAUUUCCCUCCAUCAAGAGUGACGCUUCCUUCACCGCCGACACGCCCACUCCCACUAAGUUCCUGCAGAACUGUGACGAGGUGGGUCUGUUCAAGGAGAUUGAGGAGGAGUUCCUCCAGGCACAAGAGGAAGAGAAGCAACAGAUGCAGCCUCAGAACGGGGGCUCCUGUAUGAACCAUCCGAAACCUCAGUUGGGGUCCCACCUGUCUCCUCCGGCCCACCUCUACACACCGCGUCAUUCCCAUCAGCCACCACAGAGCCGGCCCCUGCAACACCCCCCAGCCCAGGGGCCUCUCAUGGGCCCCAGCUGCAGCCUGGCCCCCUAUCAGCCGGGCUCUGUCAUCACCCAGAACCACUCGCUCUGUGGUCCUGUGCCCAGCCCGCUGUCCUCCCUGAUGCACAUGCGCAGCAAGCACAGACAGCCGCUGCCGGCCUCGCUGCCCGGGACCCUGCCUGACCCCGCCAUGCAGGGGGCGGCCGCACACCACAUCAACAGACUGAAGCACCCGCCGGGUCCCCCCUUCCAUCAGCCCCCCCUGAUGUCCAUGAGCAGAGGGGGCCCCCCCAUGGCUCACAUCAUGGACAUGAUGUCACCGCGGCAACAGCCCCUGCACCACCCACAGCUAUCUCCUCCACCAAUGGGCUACCAGCAACAGCAACGCUUCCAUGUCCCACCCCCUCAGCACAUAGGCCACGCCCACCACCUCCACUACAAUACCCCUCCCCACCGGCUGUCCCAGGGCUCACCCCCCACCCCCACUCAGGUGUCCCCUGUCCUGUCCCAAUGUCAGCAUUCAAUCCCUCAGUCCCAUGCAGGGCCCUCAGGAGGCUCAGGGGCCUCAGUGGCCCGGCGCAGGAGGAGCUUGGAGCAGGACCCAGACGAACGCAGGCAAAAGUUUCUGGAGAGGAACAGAGCUGCAGCCACACGCUGUCGACAGAAGAGGAAAGUGUGGGUGUCGUCUCUGGAGAAGAAGGCAGAGGAGCUGACACACACCAACCUCCAGCUGCAGAACGAGGUGACGUCCCUGCGCUCAGAGGUGGGCCAGCUGAAGCAGAUCCUCCUCACACACAAAGACUGUCCGGUCAGCGCGAGGCAGAGGGAGGGUCAGGGCUUCUCCUCCGACUGA